UCUACGGUGGAAAGCUAAUUGUGUUCCCAAACAUGGAAAUCAAUUGGAUCCCGUAACCUAUGUGAAGUUAUACCUAUAGUGAAGUGCCAAAUUCCUAUCCACAUUUGAUAGACACUUGGAUACCAAAAAUCACUGAGAAGUGAGUCUAGGUCAACUAUACAAAAUGUAAACCUAAGUCAACUUUGCAAGAGAGUUAGAAGGACUCCUCCAAUAUAAAAAAGGUCACACAUCUAAAGUAAAAGGAAACUCUCCUUAUGAAAGUUAACAAAAAUCAAGUGUACAAGAGGUUAAUGGGAGAGAUCCGAUGUAUCAAAAAACCUAUCUUCAACCUAGAUUUAAGUGUAACUUCAAAUAAAGUCAGAAUGUAGAUAAGUAUGCAUGCUUUUGUGGCUGAAAGCUUCCUUUGUGCUCUAUGAUUGACAAAAGAGAUGAAGGACUAGAUGAGCUAAUGACUGCUGCCCGUAUGUGGAUUGGAAUCUGUGAAUUGUGAAUUUAUUGAAGAAGCACAAGUGGCUUUUUCCAAAAAUUGAAGUUGGACUACUGUGCUGAAGAGAUCUGAAGGCAUGUGAUGUCUGCUGAGCUUGAAACUGAUAUUUUCUUCAAGAAUCUGAAGCAGAUGUGUUGAACUGAUGGCAGUUGUCGGUAAUUGAUGUAGUUGGUGCAAGUUGUAGAAUGAAAUUGCUGGGCAGUUAGGUUAGAACCCCUAAAUUUUCCCCUUAUGAUCCCUGUGUAGUAAAGAGUAGCUAGUUGUUGACAUAAUCUCACAUAAUUUAUGUGAAAAUCUGCAUUGUAUGGCACUAGGAAAACUAGGAUUUAUCCCCUAGGUGUGUCCAGUUGGUUGUUCUAUUUGUGUAGGCAUGUGUGUGAGACUGUGAGAAGGUGAUAUGCCUUGGUCCUUUGAUGUGAUUUCAGCAGAAUGAGUAAUGGAAGUGCUAAUACCACACACUGAAAAACAUCAAAGGGGUAUACAUAUCCAUGAUCAUUGUACCUGCAAAAAGAAACGAACAAGUUAGCAUAAAAUAGAACACACGGUUCUGUGCAAUUGCCUUGUGUUCAUUCACUACAAUCUGGUUUUUCUGAGAAGUUAUUUUAGAGGAUGGUGAAUGAUGUGCUGAGGAUGGUUGUUUUUGAGUAAUGAAGUUUUUGUAAGCGUGAUAAGCUUGUCUCUUCCUACCGAAAGCUUUGGAAAUAAAUAGUGACUGGACAAGGGUAAUUCUAUAUGUUGGGUGGGUUCUGUGGUGGUUCUGUUGUGGUUCUCUAGGCCUUAUUCGAGAAUCUGGACCCUUUAUGCUGGUAAGGUAGUGUUGCUGUGGGGUUGGCUCAUUAGUGGGAUGUGUUUGAGGCCGUGGUAAUGGUUGGUGGUACAUGUGUGAGGAUCUGCAGAAUAGAAAAAAAAAAUCCUCUAUGUAGAGCUGCUUGCUUAGGAGUGCGUCCAAGUUUUCAGUACCAAGCUCUACUAUUUUCAUGCGUGUCAACUGAGAAGAUGUGAGAUGAAACCUUAGGAAUCAUGUAAGAUGAGGAAAACGAUCAGAUCCUCUAGAGGUGUCCCAGGGAAAUUGGCUUCCCUAUACAAUUGUGAGAACUUGACCUCAUCACAUAAUUGGCAGAGGUAUUUCAGCUUCUAAAUAGGCAUAUCUAUGGUACAUGGUGGCACUAUAUUGUUGCUGAGCCAGUGAAUCAACAAUGAUGAGUCAGCUUGCAAGUGUAUUUUGGUGCAUUCAUUGUCCAGGAACCAUUGAAUGCCAAUGAUAGUUGCUUUUGUUUCUGCUAGAUUAUUGGUGCCUUCACCAAGUGGACAGGCUAUGGCAUGACUAAAGUGGCCCUUAUGAUCCCUCACAAUGACUCCAGCUUCAAUUUUUCCUGGGUUGGUAAGUACACUACCAUCACUAUUUACUUUCACAAAAUUAAUUCCAAGUUUCUACCAUAUCACCUGAAUGGUGGUAAUACGUUUCAACUCAUCCACCAUAGUAUAGAGAUCAAUCCAGUUAUGGGACCAGUUUAUGUGGGGAUAACUAGCUUUUAGGAGGAGAUGAAUGUCUGAGUUAAUAGCAAAGAUAACUUUGAGCAUAGAGGAAAUUCUGCCCUCAUACUUAGCACUGCAUCUAUUUUUCCAAAGAUUCCAGCGUAUAAUGAUGGGAAUUGUGUCCAUCAGUAAUUGUUGGAUUUCAUUGUUACUCUUGUGGAACCACCACUUUAUUAGAAGCAUCUUAAGAGACAAGUCAUCAGUGUUCAGCCCUGUAAUGCCUAUAAAUUUUAUCCAUACAGCUCUGUCAAAGAAAACUCUGCUGAAAAUGUGUUCAAUAGAUUCAACUUGAGGUUGUUAAAACACACAUCUGAUGGCAGUGGGAUUACCAAAUGUAACAACUAUGUCAUCAGUUGGAAGCUUAUUCCUUAAAACUCUCCACAGGAAAAAAGACCAUUUGAAUAGGAUUUUUUUUCUGCCAAGUUUUCUUGUUGGAAAAAUUGAUCUGCUUGUUAUCUCUAAUUAUUUCCCAUGCUGAGGAACAUGUAAAGUUACCAAAGGUAUUUGGUGACCAAAUAUCUUCAUCAGAGAUUUGUGGGUCAUAAUGAAUAAGAGUUUGAAGGAUUUGGGGGAUCAUGUGUGCCGGGGCAAUGACAUUCAGUUUUUGCAGAUUACAUUGACUUGAAUCCCAUAAUUGACCUGGUCUUCCUCCUCUAAUUCUACUAUUGGCAAGUGAACCUGUGCCCAACUAGUUAUCCCUUGAGAAGCUGGAAUUGCCUGAUUGUAAUCUCCAUUAAAUGUGCUGAUCUACCUCCUUUUUGUUGACUGUUAAUUUCUUCUAUGAGCAAAAACUUUCUCUCUCUCUCUAUAUAUAUAUAAAUUAGAAGUAAAUUCAAGAAUUGGUUCACCACUUAUAAUAAAAAAAUGAAAGUUUUGUUAAAAAAGAAAAACCAAUGGAUAAGUAUCAACUUACAAUAGAAAAAAUCAUAUGGCUAAGUAUUCUGGCACCUCAUACUUUAUGAAGGAAAAAAAAUAACCAUUGAUUGAGAUAACUAAUUAACCUAGCUGGUAAUGCAGAGCAAAGGUUCCACUUUCUCUCUCUAGAAAAUCCCCGCCGUCACUGUAGCAUUGAAUUCGAGCUACUGUUCAUCGCAGCAUUUUUUGCGAUUUGAACUUGCUAAUGCUCGUGUAAGGCAGCAAUGGCUGCGUUGAACUCUCCCCAGUCCUUGGCUGUGGGAGAGCAAGCACCUGGGAUCUACAUUCCUCCAAAAAUGAAUUAUGCAGCAACUGUGACUAAAGAAAAUGUGCGACAAAUCCAACACACAGUUCUAUGUCCAGUUAGAUUCGAACAUGGAGAACCAACCGUUGAAUUCACCACAGAUGAGGUGAAAGAGUUUGUCAUAGAGGAAGGUUUACACCAAGCAGUUGUCAUCAAAUUCUCUUAUGGAAAACCAGAACUUCACGACUUCAGAAGAAUUUUUCCAAAACAGUUCGAUGUGAAGGGAUCGUGUAACAUCGGGCAGCCGGAGUUUAGACAUUUACUGAUGCGAUUCGAUCUUUAUGAAGAUUAUGUAAACUUUGUUUCCAGAUCUACUGGGCACAUUAACUCAAAUGGAGAUGAGUUCUUCUUCAGAACUUUUCCUUGGACGAUUGGAUUCGAUCCAAGAAUUAAGACAUCGAAGGCUGUGGUGUGGAUCUCAUUCCCAGAUCUUCCACCAAAUUAUUUUGCUAAGAAAUCUUUGAUGUCAAUUGCAUCUGCAGUUGGAAAACCUCUUGCUAUUGAUAAGGCGACGAAAGAUCGAACAAGGCCAAGCGCUGCGAGGGUUAAAGUGUUGCUGGAUCUGCUGGAUAAGCAUCCCAAAAAAGUAAAGAUUUCAGUCGUCGACAAACUUUCUGGAAAAUUUAAUAAUUUCCGUCAAAAGGUUAUAUAUGACUACCUGCCAAUGUAUUGUACAUGUUGUAAUCACCAAGGGCAUGAUGAAAUUUCAUGUCGCGCGAUGAAAGGAAGGAAUAAAAAUGCAAAGGAAAAUACAGAGCAAAAUAGUCGAACUGAUUUGGAUGAGAAUUGUGUUGAACAACUUCAGGGUGAUGCAAGGCAAUUAUUGAAUGCAAUAAGAGAUGCCAAUCAGCUGGAAAUUAAUGACAAUGUGACUAAAAUGCAAGGAGCGGUCAAUGACACUUCAAAUACUCAGAAUAAGUCUAAAGGUAAGGCUAUUGCUACAGGAACUCUGGCGAUCUUCACAGGUCAAAAGACUACUGGACAUAUAGGAGGACAAUAGAAAGAGGUGAAGGAUAAGCGUGUGAAGCCUGUCAAUAAUGAGAAUUGUGUUCAAACAAAAACAGGACAUGAGACUAUGACAUUGAGUGCUGCAACCAAGGAGAAUCAGAUGAUAAUGGCAUUGGUGGAGAUCGAAGAUGAGCAUACAGACCAUGUCCAGAUUCGGAAUAGCUUUGCAGUUUUAGGAAUGGAAAAAGCUGAUGACAAUGAAGGAAAUAAUCUGAUGUUGAUAGGGAAAACCUCUGCUGCCAAAAACAGAGCUAACAUGGAACCAAAUGGCAAUUUGACUGCAACUGCAGAUGCUAUUACUCAACUUCCAAACUAUGAUGCACGUACAAAACAAUUGUCAAAAGAUACAAAUCAAUUAAAUCCAAAUGCUAUUGCUUUUAAUCUUUGUGCUAAACAGAUUGAGCAUCAAAAGCACAAAAAACAAGAGUCCACAGCACAAUGGGCUAAUAAGAUAUUUGGAAGCAAGUUAGUAACCACUACUCGUGUCAGGAUAUCCCAUCUCAAGAUACAUAUGAAUCAUCGGAACAAGUGAAUGAGAAGGACAGAUUAGCUCUGACUAGUGGCAAGCUUUGGGAGGACCAAGCUGAGGAGGAUUCUGAAGAAGGAGAAAUUCCAAAAGGAAUAAAUGAAGAAGCUGAAGCUGAUCAGGAGGUCAUAGAGGAGGAAGAUCAAAGUGUAAAUGAUAAUGCAGCUGUUGUAGCAGAACAUACUCGAGAUCCAAACAGAGCAAAUACUCUGUUUCAAAACAGAGAAAAGGUCAAAAACAUACCAAAGGAGGAAAAUAAUACUGCAGCCUGCAGUUAAGCCAGGAAACAACCAGCUACAACAAUUACAGGCGCCUCAAUGCACUUGGACAAAAAUGAUAAGUUGGGUGGAUUAAAAUGCAACGCUGAAGGGGAACAAGGGAUGAGUAAAAAAACUGACAAUCAAAAAGAGGUUGGUGAUAACAGUAGGGUGAUGAUACUCAAGUAUAUUGAUACCAAAGGCGUAAUGACUCAUUGUCCCUCUCAUGAAUUGGCAAGACCAGUUAUUAAUCAAGAAAAAGAAGAUGAAAUCAUUCUGGGAAAUGGUAGAGAUUUAGAUGAGGAAUCCACAACUCAAAACUUCAUCAACGUGGCAAGAAAAGGUGAUAUCUCUCCAACUCAUAUAGCCAAAGCUAAAUCUGUUGCAAAAGGAAAAAAAGGAAAGAUUAACAGAAACAAUUCUGGCAUGCCUACUGCUGGGAUCCAAACUCGACGAGGUAGUUCUAAAUCAAAUAAUUGUUAAUGGAUGCAAUUAUUUGGAAUAUUAGAUCCGUCAAUACGCAACGAGCCUUUGAGAUGCUCGUAAAAAUGCAUAAACAACAUAAUUUCGAUUUUGUUGGUCUCAUGGAACCAAUGCAGGAUGGCUCAAAGCUGGAAUUAUACAGAAGACAGAUAGGAUUUUCUCAAGCAUUUUCUAACAUCUCAAAUAAGGUGUGGGCUUUCGUUGACGAACUGUACGACGUCACAAUUCUAUAUGACAUGGAGCAGCAGCUGACAUUAUAAAUGACUCAUACAGAAACACGCAUUGUCCAAAAUGUUACUUAUAUGUACACGAUAUGUACAUAUGAGGAUGGAUAUAUUACUGUGGCUAUGCAUCAUUUUUUGUAAAAACUGCUACUGGUGGUAUUAGUACAAUGUACUCAAUCCAGUGUAGGGGAACCAAGGAUGAGCAUAAGUAUAGCAGCAUAUAUAGGAAGGGACAAAUCGAUGGCCCAGACUGGUAUACAUUGUCAUGCGCGCAUCAAUUUUUGGACACGAUCUGUGGGCAGGAAUGUUGUACAAUGGCAAGAAGGUCAAUUGCAAAUUCACUUAUCAGCACCACAGGGAUCAACACACAUGAAGAAUCAGGCCCAAAAGAUAGUGAAUAAUCUGGAAAUGGAACUCAAAUGUGGCACCUUAGAGCUGAUAUCGACAUGGCAAUCCACAGGCAAUUUUUGGUCAAAAUUUGCGGACAAAACUACAGCAUAUGGAGCUGGGAUCUCAGCAACUCAAUAUACAAUAACAUAUCAGAAACACACUCAAGGGAAGGAAUCAACAAAAAAGAAGAGGAAGAUAAUCAAAAUAGAAAACAAAAACGAGGCAAGCGGGCAACUAAGAGCAGAAAUUAUGAAACUCUUAUACAGGAGCUUUUGGAGCUUUUGUUUUAAGGAAUUCAUGAGCAACUGGAACAACAAUGAAGCAAUAUUAGGAGCUUUACACCAUCAAGGAGAAGAAGAGCAUAUCAUGAUCGAAGGAGAUUUGAUAAUUUGUUUUGGUAAUUACAUCUUAAGGAAUUUUGAUAGUCUUCUUCAUGUGAUACCAAUGUUGAGUACUCUACUCAAUAAUGGUAAUAGGCGCUAUGUAAUUCUCAAAUUUCAUUACUUUCAUUUUGUAAGACCUCCGGACAAACUAUGUUUUUGAUUUUUGAUUUUA